GACCAUACCUCUUCUAAUGCAUCAUUUGAGCUGGCUUCCAUGUGGCUGCGAGACUGCGUUCAAUCACACCCGCGAUGCAAUUCCCAUAAAGAUGGCACAUCAUGGUAUCCAACGCGUCUUUUGCAUCUAGUUGAGUCUGACGGAAAGGAGGGCUACGUGCGGCUCAUACGCACAGCGGAGACGUCACUCAAUGAACAUUAUGCUACUUUGAGUCACCGCUGGGGCAAUACAAGACCUCUUCAACUUACAAAGUCAGCGGCGUCCGAUCCAAAUCACCGCUUUUUGGUGGCUGAGAUGCCUAGAACGUUCCAAGAGGCCAUCCAAGUGUCCAGAAGACUCGGGAUUCAAUACCUGUGGAUAGAUUCCCUGUGCAUUAUUCAAGAGGGAGACAAUCUUCGCGAUUGGUAUUAUGAAGCAGGUCUAAUGGACAAGGUAUACAUGCAUUCCUACCUCAACAUUGCAGCAGCAGAUGCAGACGACGGUACAAAAGGACUUUUCCGACACCACCCCCCAUUACCUCUAGGUUGUCAGCGUGUUGCAGUCAAUACAAAAGAAUUUGGAUCAGGAACAGGCUGCACUGACUAUUUAAUGACGGACCUUAUGCUGUGGUUACACAACUUGGACAAGUCUCCUCUUCACAACCGUGGCUGGGUUUUUCAAGAACGUUUCCUGGCCCCGCGUAACCUUCAUUUCUUCCGUGAUCAGCUUUUCUUCGAAUGCAACGAGCGCACCGUAUGCGAGACAUUUCCUAAAGGGCUCCCCAGUGUCAUCACAAAGCUUACAACUGCGUCCAUAAAGUCCAGGCUUUGGAAACAAGAAGAUCUUUCUGUAUUACCUGAUAGAUAUGGGGAGGACUUGAGAAACCUUUGGUACAGUGAUGUUGUUUCCCAGUAUUCUCCUAUGGACUUGUCGGUUUCAACCGAUAAGUUGAUAGCCCUUUCUGGUAUAGCAAAAUUCUUCAUGGCUCGUCUUGAAGAUACAUAUGUAGCGGGUAUGUGGCAUAGUCAGUUGGAAGACUCGCUAUUGUGGUCUGUUAGUCCUUCGGGCCUACUUCCUCGUCCGUUAGUUUAUCGGUCACCAACUUGGUCUUGGGCAUCAGUGGAUGGACGCAUACGUCCAAAUCUGGAUUGGGAGGAUCGAGAACUACUCAUACAUGUGGAGGAUGUUGUACUAUCCCAUGCAACCGAGGAUACUACAGGCGCAGUCACCGGAGGUUGGUUAGACCUACGCGGGGUUCUCAAACCAGUGAGGCUGUCCAAACCCGAA